AUGUCAUCGUAUACGACAGAUGGUGAAGAGAAGCCCCUUGGUGGCGCCGAACAGGCGAACCACAACCCGGAGAUCCAAGAGUAUCCCAGCUCUCAAAAGAGGAUUGUCAUUAUGGUGGCACUGUAUUUGGCAAUUUUCUUAGUUACUCUGGACCAAAACAUCAUAUCGACGGCUAUUCCUAGCAUAACCAACGAGUUCAAAUCUCUAGACGAUAUUGGCUGGUACGGGUCGGCGUAUCUACUCACGAUGUGUGGCCUCUCACUUGUCAUGGGCAAGGUUUAUAAAUUCUACCCAGCCAAGCCUCUCUUUCUAGCUGGUUGCUUCCUAUUCGAGGUUGGCUCAGCUAUCUGCGGCUCUGCCCCUAACUCGACUGCUUUCAUCUUCGGUCGUGCCAUUUCUGGAAUAGGGUCGUCAGGCCUGUUUUCGGGAGUGAUGGUUAUUCUAUUCUACACCGUCCCGUUGCAGCAGCGACCAAUCUACCAAGGUGCUUUCGGAGCCAUCUUCGGAAUCGGCUCGGUUGUCGGUCCCCUAAUAGGAGGCAGCUUUACCGACAGGGUAACGUGGAGAUGGUGUUUUUAUAUCAAUCUUCCUGUCGGUGCGGUAUCGAUGAUUGUCACUACGUUGUUCCUACACUUACCCAAUCAGAAGCUUGACGCAAAGGCAACAGGUUGGGUUGAGAAGGUCAAACAGCUAGACCCUAUCGGCAACCUUAUCUUCCUUCCAGGAAUCGUCUGCUUGAUCUUGGCUCUUCAAUGGGGAGGGACUGUAUAUCCUUGGAACAGCGCUCGCAUCAUCGUCCUUUUGGUCCUUUGCGGUGUUCUUUGCAUCGCCUUCAUCGGUGUUCAGGCUUGGAAGAAAGAAGGCGCAUCCAUUCCCCCUCGUAUCAUCAAGCAGCGUAGUAUCGUCGCCGCCCUCUGGUAUGGAUUUUUCAAUGGUUCCGGAAUGAUGGUCUUGACCUACUAUCUUCCUAUCUGGUUCCAAGCGAUCAAAGGCACCGAUGCCAUUGGUUCUGGAAUUAUGAUGAUUCCUAUAGUCCUGUCAACAGUUAUCGGCUCUAUACUGGCUGGCGUCCUAGUCUCUAAGCUUGGGUACUAUUCCCCUUUCUUCCUAAUCAGUUCCGUCAUGAUGCCAAUAGGGGCUGGCCUUUUAUCGACGUUUACUCCAUCCACCAGUGAGGGGAAGUGGAUCGGCUAUCAGAUAAUCUUCGGAGUUGGUCUUGGGAUGGGAAUGCAGCAGCCAAUGAAUGUUGUGCAAACGGUCUUGGACAGGCCAGAUAUCGCAACUGGGACAGCAAUCGUAACAUUUUCACGCUUCCUCGGUUCAUCUAUAUUCCUGCCAGUUGCCGAGAACAUCUUCCUGAACAGCUUCAUUUCAAAACUCUCUAAUAUUCCCAAUAUCGAUCCUAGUUCGGUUACCGGAAGCGGUGCCACUGGACUGAGAAACUUGGUUUCUGGUAGUGAGCUGACGACCCUUCUCUCCGACUAUAACGCAGCGAUAGUUGAUGUCUUUUAUAUGGUGAUAGCGACAAGCGGCAUUACUCUAUUCGGCAGUAUUUUUGUGGAAUGGCGCAGUUUAAAAGCCCGCGCUCAAGAACAGGGCGGUCAGAAUAAGCUAGGGGAGCCAGCAAAGGGUCGUGAAUCUGUGUAACUAGUAUUGCUGUAGAUUAUAUCUCUCUCAUCAUCCUAUACACAUCUUACCUCUAAUAUAUC